UGAGCCUGCUCUUCCUUGCCCUGCAGUACUGCCGGCUACCAGCAAGAUCAACUUUACGGCAGCAGUAAAGAGAACAGUACUUUAAAACUAGACAGGCACAAAGGGAAGCCAACAGUACUGAAUGAGAACGACUGAGGCUUAUAUUGAGAAGCAGCAUCAGCAGACAGAAAUAAGUUACAUUUGAUUGCAGUAUCUCUUUCUGGUAGGAACAUGGCCUUACAAACAAAGCACAUCUCAGUUCUGCUGCUUAGCCUUGUGUGCUCUGCUCUGCUGUUCAGUCGGGUGUUCUGCGAAAACGAAGCCGAAGAAGAUGAACACUCGAAACAUUUGUACACUGCUGAGAUGUUCACUAACGCCAUUGAGACCAGCCCGCACUUCGUCAUGUUCUUCGCUCCUUGGUGUGGUCACUGUCAGAGGCUACAGGGAACAUGGAAUGAGAUGGGGGACAAAUACAAUAAUAUGGAAAACCCCCCAGCCUAUGUGGUCAAGGUGGACUGCACUCAACAUACCUCACUCUGCUCUGAGCAGGGAGUGCGUGGAUACCCCACGCUGAAGCUGUUCAAACCUGACCAGGAAGCAGUGAAAUACCAGGGUGCUCGUGACUUGCAGACACUUGAGAACUGGAUGCUGAAGACUCUGGAUGAGGAGCCUGCUCAGCCAGAGUCUGAACUUGAGCCGCCGAAAGCCCCUGAACCAAAGCAGGGCAUGUAUGAUCUCACAGCUUCUAACUUCAAGGCACAUGUUGAUCAAGGAUAUCACUUAAUUAAAUUCUUUGCCCCUUGGUGUGGACACUGCAAAGCCCUUGCCCCAACCUGGGAGCAGCUGGCUUCUGUGUUUGAGCACUCUGAAACAGUCAAAAUAGGGAAGGUUGAUUGUACUCAACAUUAUGAGAUUUGCUCUCAGAAUCAAGUGCGUGGAUAUCCUACUCUCAUAUGGUUUAAGAAUGGAGAAAAGGUUGAUCAGUACCGAGGGAAGAGGGACCUGGAUUCAUUGAAGGAGUUUGUGGACUCCCAGCUAAAGGUUGCCUUGGAGGCUGCUGAAGACACUUUAGACAAUGAGGUGCAACAGCAAGCUGAAGAAGCUGCAAAGGAGGAGCAUGUGGAGCAGGAGUCCACUGUCCUUACCCUGGGUGAAAGUAACUUUGAUGAGACGGUUGCCAAAGGUCUUACUUUUAUCAAGUUUUAUGCCCCAUGGUGUGGUCACUGUAAAAAUCUUGCUCCUAUUUGGGAAGAUCUCUCUAAGAAGGAGUUCCCUGGCCUGACAGAUGUGAAGAUUGCCAAAGUGGACUGUACUGUCGAGCGGACGCUUUGCAAUCGCUUCUCUGUCAGAGGCUACCCAACUCUACUGAUGUUCCGGGCUGGUCAACAAGGAGAUGAACAUAAUGGAGGCAGAGAUCUUGAAAGUUUGCAUAGCUUUGUGAUGCGCCAGGCCAGAGAUGAACUGUAGCACACAGUUGCCCCUUCCAGCUUUCUUUUACUGUCAUUCUUUGCUUUCAGACCUUGAUUCUGUUACUGUUUUGUUAUAGUUACUGAUAAUGUAUAGGGGAUAUGUGCUUAUCUGGACUGAUCUUUCAAUCAUUUAAGUGGGUGAGAGAUGGGACUAAUUAAUGAGUUGAAGUUGUGAAGUGUGUUUGUUUUUCUUAAGCUUUCACCAGCAUGUCCACAACUGCUAAUUCUUCUCAUUGCACCACUUUUUUUAAAAAGGAAAAUUGGGAAUACUAACAUUUCUGUGCUUUACCAGCAGGUUCAAUGAACCACUGUAGUUUUAUUUACUGGGUUAUUUUUUUUAAUAUAAAUUAUCAUUCAGUUUGUUUGACUGUGAGGCUUAAAAGUGAAGGAAGAUAAGACAGUGAAGUACAGUUUCCUGCAUAUGAGCAUUUUGGGUUGCCUUUCCAGAACUGUUGAUCUGCUACAUCGUAAUGGCACUGUCUUACUUAAUUUAACUAGUAAAUCAUCUUUAUAUAUGCUGACAUGUUUUGACACACCAUACUUGACUGCUGUAUUUCAUUUCUCUGGUAUGGAGUUAGAACAGACUUCUUGCCUAGAAAAGGCUUUGGUUUGUUCAACAUGCGGGUAACCAGAUUUCACUAUCAUAUCAUGCAGUAUUAUCUCCUUAACAUGAGUAAAAGCACAACUAUGGGUUAUGUACUGUGAGCAUAAGGCCUUGACGACCCAGGAAGUAGCUUGUUAAAAACGUCUGUUUUUAAUUGUUGAUUUGAUGAUCUGGUUUAAUGUAUGUAACUUCUAAUUAUUUUGCAUCUGGUGAGGCCUGGCUGCAAAGUGGUACCUGUUUAGAAGAUGUGCUAUUCAUGAAUGUAUUUUCACUGUUAUUGGCCAUCUGUGCUUGGAAAAACUGACAUCAACCCUUGUGUUUUAAAAGCUGAAGAGUGCUUAUUGUGACAAGGGGUAUGGUGUGUGUAAACUUUAAUUACUUUUUAAACUCGCUACUUUACCACCAGAACUAUGAGGGUUGACACAUGAUACAUGUCUAUAGUAUCAGCUUUCUUAGAAUGACCGUAACAAAGGUGUAGGCAAUAUGCGCAUGUAAUUCGAUGCUUAGAAAAGAAAGUGACAGGUGUUUGAUUAAUAAAGAUAGUUGCCAGAUAAGUAUCCUUCUCGCACAGGCCUUGCUCCUUCAACAUGAACUAAAUAAAAUAAAACACAAUUCUCUAUCAAUUAUCUAACAUUCCAUUGUGUUCACAUGUAUUGCUCAAUGUUCCUAUUGCAGUAUAUUGCUAUGUGAAUUCUUUCCACAUAUGCCAAAGAUUGUCCCCUGCAUUUAUUUUUCUUUUGUUCUCUCCUGUACAUUUUUUUUUUUUUCUCUUAACCCCCCCCCCCCCCGCCGCUGCCGCCUGAGGCGCACAGUUUGGCACAUGUGGUACUAAAGUCGAAACCUCUGAAGGCCACGUGUUAACAGGAGGUGUAACAAAAUGCUAAGAAAUAAAUAAUAAUAAAUGCUUUCUAUUCUUUGCUAUUGAUCAACACAAAUGUAUAACUGUCUGGCUUAAAUAUCUUUAUAAAAAAUACAGUGCUUCAUACAAAGGUCUUUGUUUUGUGUGUGUGAGAGACGCAAGUUAAAUGUAUGCCCAUUCAAUUAAGGAAACAAAGGACUGGACAGGAAAACCACUUAAUGUCAGUAAAAUCUUUAUGGAUAGCACAUGGUCUAAAAGACGUAUACAAGUCUCCAGUGAAGGAAAGCUGAUUUGUACAUUGCCCAAGAACAUUCUUUUGUACAAAAAUAAAAUGAAUUGUAAAAUUGUUUACAUGACUUUCUGACAAUUUCAUAAUAAAUUUUUUUCAAAAA